UGGGGUUAAGAUUGUUGCGUCACAGUUUGGUGUUGCUAGGCUGCUAGCUUGUGGUGUACUCUUAUACAAAUGUUCUGCAGUUUUUCUUAUCAGUAUCACGAGGCUGUAAUAAUUUAAGAUCUAUAAGCAUGUGCAAAGAUGCAUCGGUGUUUAAAACAACAGCUUUACUUUGUGUAUGGAUUAAACAAGUAGCGUCGGAGAGCAACUCAACAACUCACGUCUAGGCGCAAAGUCGUCCCGUGCUAACGUAGCAUCUUCGGUGCGAGCUGGUAUGUCAACAGGUCACUGCACUUUUUCUACAGUUUAAUAUCUUGAUUAGAUGACAUUUCGUGACAGUUAUGUGUAAUUUUGCAUUCAGCGGAACGUUAGAUAAGAGGUUUAUGAGCUCUAAUGUUUAAUAGGGUGGAUGAUCUUGCAAGCAAUGGAAGUAUAAUCCCCGAUCAAGCUGUCGAGAUGGAUCUGCAGAGCUCAAGCACCCGAGACAGGCAAGUGGAUGCACUUAUGUCUCUUUCCUGCAAAUGUUGAUUAUUCAUGUGCAUGCUUAGAAGGACGGAUUUUGAGCUUUUUAGGCGUCAGUGUUUGAGAUGCGAUAUUGGCGGGAAAUGUUUUAAAAGACCUUCUUGCAGACCUUUAAGAAACCUAUGACCCCCAUUUACAAGUCAAAAAAGUAGGGGAGAGUGGGGUAGGAUGAGCCAUUUUUCAUAUUUCGGAUCACUACAUCAAGGCAAUCAUAGUCUUGUCUCUAACUAGUGUAUCUGUAUAUAUUUCACGAUGUUGUGCAUCCCUGCAAACCAACAGAAUGAGCGUUAACAUAACUGUCAUGAUAAUGUAGCAUGCCAAAAAAAGUGGUCUCCUAUGGUCAACUUACCCCAUACCCCUGCUAACCCCCCACCCCCCAACUCUCCCCCCCAGCCCUCUCUAACUUUCUCUCUCCCUUAAUAAGUCACUUUUUCACAUUCAUGUGUAUUUUUAUCUAUUAUUCUCUAUUCAACUGGUACAAUAAUUCUUUUUAUUAUUAUUGUAUAUAACUGCUUAAAAGCUGUUUUGUAAAAAGCCAUUUUAACAUGAGAAUGCCUUUAAGUGAUUCAGAACAUUUACAGCUGUAUUCUGGAAAAGAAAGUAACACAUUCCAACAAUCUGAACUGAAACUCUGAUCCUCUCAUCAGACUUCUUUACUUUCUCAUAAACAAAUUUAAAAUGAUGUUUUUUGGUCUGAACACAGUUCUAAUAAAACUUUUGACAUGUUUCUUGUAAAUAAAUUUCUAAACCCUUCACCCAUGAGCUUCUAACCUUUACAGACUCCAUGAAUUGAUGCCCGUCUCCUAAAUAUUUGGUCACAUGAUCAAUUUCUUUUACCAUUUCCAAGCAACAGGGGGUGGCUCAACUUACCCCACUCUCCCCAAUGCCAGAGAUAACAAGCAAAACUUUUAGAUACUUUACAUUCAUGUUUCUUUUACCCCUAUAUUAUUAAAUACAGAAGCAUUUACCAUUUUAUUCAUGUGUUUAAAUUGCCGUGUUAGGAUCUGUCUGGGAGCAAUGAUUGUAAAAAUAGCUCUGUCUCUUACAGGGGAGUGUUUGCAGCCAAAGAAACUGUCCAUUAACUAGAAGGCCAGAAAAUCAUGAAUGUGUUCCUGUGUCCAACCACAUUCUCAUGACACCAGCAGGGAGAUAUGGGCUUCUUAAGACUGGUUGCCAGAAUCAUGGGUAGGAUCAGCACUUUCAGAUCCUAUCAGUUUUUGCUGCUCCUGGCUGCUGCGCUGGCAGUCGUAGCAUUUUACUACUUUGGCUCAGAGAGGCAGAACUUCUCAAGCACCACAAAGAGGAUCAAGCAGAGCCAGGCUAGCCACAACAGCAACAGGAACGACGCAGACCUCACCGUGGACACCAAGCUCAUACACUCCGAGGAGCAAGGAGGAGAGGAGCGAGAUGCAGAUGGAGAGAGUGAGGGGUAUAUGUCCAGAGGAGGGGAGAGUGGAGCUGUUGACCAACAUUACCACAUUCUCAUGAUGUUCACCAAAGUGGACAAGAGCCGCAGCCUGCAGGACAAGUUCAGAGUGGCCAUGUUGUCUAUGGUUAAACAUGCACGCUUUCUCGAAGGAGAAGUGUUGGUGCUUCAUUUUGUGAGCGACCCAGCCAGCAAAGAACUUGGAGAGAGGAUGCUGCAAGAAUUUCUCUUUGAUGCAACAUUUAAGUAUGAGGUAAGUUAUCAAAAUUUUCAACCUAAUGGUGGUUUCUUAAAACCAGCUGACUUAGCUGUUUUGAAAACUUUGAAAUGUAUAUUUUGAUCUUCAUAAAAAGCAAAGGUCAAAAUCUCCUUAUGAUUGACUAGAGUCAAGUGUAUAAUGCAGCUGUGGAGUAAAAUUAGAUUACUUUUAUAUCUUCACAGUGAAUUAGUGCCAGAUAAGCACGUCUGUAAGACCAUUUCGUCUUUGUUGCUCUUGUCUUACGUUUGAAUUGUACAGCUGUGUCUAAUGGGCUUGUGCAAACUAAGUCACUGUGUCUUGCAGAAUUAAGCUGCAGAUACAGAUGCAGAAGGGAAUUCAUAAACAAACUUAUGGCGACAGUUUAACACUAAAAGACUUUUUUUUUUACUAACUAUACAUUGGCAAAAAUGUCUUGAAUUACUCAUUUGAGUCAGAGUGUUUUUGUUUAGACACUUAAAAAAUGAUUGCUUUCUUUGCUGUAUGGCAAAAUUUAGAGUAUUUCAUUGUCUAAAGUCAAAGUAUGCUGACCUGGAAUUCAGGCAGGUUCCCUUUGAAGUCAAACACAAGGGGGCAGUGUUGCUCUACGAAAACACCUCCUCACAACAGGGUCUCUUCCUCUCCAGCUGUGGUCUCUCUGCCAAAACAGUCAGUUAUGUCCCCUCUCUGUUGCUCUUUCUGUUGCAUGCAGUGUCCUGCCCCCAUUUCUUCUCUUUUUCUAUAAUCACAGAGCACAUGCCAAAAAGUUUUUGCAUUUAUUAUGCCCUAACAAAUCCACCUUAACAAGUGCGCCUCCUGUUUCAUCACAUAAAACAUCUGGUGUGAUAUCCCUGUGUUAGCUCAGGCAGAUCCCCCUGCCCAAAUAAGAUUUGUUAGGGGUUUGCUCGGCUUGACUUCUUGGCACUUUGAAGUGUUUUCUUGAUUUUACUGCUCAGUCAUUUCACUCCCUGCUACCACUGAACUUGAAGUCUUAUUAGAGCCAUGCUGAAAUUGCUAAUAGGAUGUCUAAUGUUACCAUUCAGUGAUGGAAAGAGUCCUUAGACCUGCUUAACUAAUGUUAAUGAUCAAUUGUACGAGUACAUAGCGUGAAAGAGGACCAGGUAAGGUCUCUUUCUCAGAAACACAGCCCAUAGACACUACCCUUCCUUGAAUGUAUGACUCAGCCAACACCCCGUAUAUGACCAUCAAAGAUAGAUAGAAGUGUACAUUUGGUGCAAUCAAGGCAUCGCACACACACACACAUCUAAACAUUUUUGUUACAAGAAACACAUUAACACAGCUUACUGGACUACUGCAACCUUUAGUACUCAGCUGAUAGAUGAUUUAAUACUACUAUAUCAGUGACAAAGUUAUUAAAAAAUUCUCAACAUCUUGCACCAGCAUAAAAAAAAUCAUAGCUCUCUUUUACAGCUGUGUGUUCCUUUUUAAAAUCAAAUUCACAUGCUUCAACUGUGCCUGCAGGCUAUAUAACCAGUGGUUUGAUCAUUUUCAUGGUCUUAUUCCAGGCCAGUGCUUCUCAGCAUCAUAAACUGGGAUAAUGAAUCAUGGAAUAAUGUUCUGCAUCUGCUGGCGCAAGUACAGCCACAGUCUCUUCCCUCUCUGCACACAAGCACAGAAGCUGAGCCAAAGUUACAGAUGGGGACGGGGACUCCCUGGGGCCUGACAGAGACAUGUUUAUGAGUGUGCAGACAUCCCUUUUUCCUCAUCCUAAGUGUCAUUCCUUUUUCAUAAUUAAUCUUAAAGUAGCACGAGUGUAAGACUGCCGUUAUGCAAGAACGUUGGCCUGCAUGACUCCUCAUCAGUGUUUAAUUCGAUAAACAGCCUGUGGAGUCUCACGGCCUGGAGGCUGUGCUCAUUACUGCUAACAACUUUCACACGGUCCUUAUGAGACAACAUGCGGAAGUCCUUCUACACUCAAGUCAUUAGUGGGUGAGAUGUUUCACUUUUAUAUUCUUCCUGUUAGUCCAAACAUCAGCAGUGUGCUAUAAAGAACUAAUGAAGAGACCUCAAUUAAGUAAUGUGUUUUUAUUUGACCAAGCCUUACACUUAUACUUGAGUUGCUACUGAGAGGCUGUUUUAUGAGAAUUUCACAACCUGACAGUUACAACAAGUAAAUCUACCUGGGGCCGAGAUACCCAUUAUGUAAAUCCUACCAUCCUUUUUCAAGGGAAGUGGUUACGUCUUCACAUCCGUAUGGGGAACCUGUGGUUUAUGUCAUACAGACAGACACUCUGUGUUAGGUAUCUGCACAGACUGUACUGUUCAGAUCUUUUUUUAUACACCCUGAUAAGAUGAGACCAGUCAUGAGACUGAUAACCCACACUGUCUUGCAUUUACAGUAAAUAACAACCAUUCUGUCAAGAUGUAGAAUUAGAAGUCUUACACAAUCUGUUUCAAUGCCUCUAGCAAAUUUUUUCAAUCACAAACAAAACUUUUUAAAUCAUAUGUCGGUAGAUUGAUGCAUGAUAACAAACCCAGAGGUAAAGGCAGACCAGCAGUGGAGCCAAAGUAGCUCAUGUAUUAAUUUAUUGAUUUUGUCAACGAUCAGUGAAAUAAAACACUGUUACAGGUAAUCGGCCAAAGACAAAAUACCGGCACCCGUAUCGGCCAAAAACAAAAGUUUAUUAUCAGCAAAUAAAAACCCUUGCAACUACAUUUUAAUGCAACCUAUGUUGACACAACAAGUUUAAAAGGAUGAGUUAACUGCUGCAAGUAUUUGUCCCCAGGAUUUGACCAUUUCUCAUAACAGUGGUUUACGUGCCAUUACAUCACAUUACCAACCAUCCAAAAUAGCACUGGUCCCACAAACAAUUGAGGGCUUACCUUAAUCUGCCAGGAGGUUUGCCUGUUGAAGCACAUAAAUCUGAUUUAUAAUCUCAGCCAUACUGUGGAGGUUUAAUCUGAGGUCUCUAACAAGCCCUCCCUGGUGCCAGCCUAAACCAGAGACGGCAGCUUCUCCAGGGUUUGUCCUCAGCCAUCAUAUUUUUUUCCUUUCUCCCACAGGGACGCUUUAAUGAUAAUGAGUGCUUACUACAUUAGAAAAAUCCUCUUUUAGUAAUCUGUAGAAAUAACCGGCGUGCGUGAGCUGAGCAGACCCUCUGCCUUACAGCUGUGGAAAGAUUCCAGGUCAGGAGCAGCACAGGAAGAUGGUGCUUAAAGAAAUUUCAGUUAUAGAUCAGCAUGACAGUUUGUAAACAUCAUCUGGUGUCAUGUUUUCUGUCCAAGCCUUUCAAUGACUCAGGCAGUGUAAUGCAAAGAUUUAUUAAACCCUAUAUCUGGUUGUGUCCUUUUUAAGACCAUAUAGUACUUUUUGUGGAAAGUAAAAGAUUAAUUAAGUUGAUGAAUGAGGUAAGUAUUUGUAUGCAGUGAAGUGCAAACAAAUCAGUCCACUUUUCAGCAAAACUGCCUAACCAUGUUUCAUGUGGUUGGUUUUCCCUCUGCAUAUUUUUUAGGAUGCAGAAAUAGUCAUGGAUGAGUUUUUUUGGGGAAAAUAAAUAUCAAAUAUAACAUUGACACUAUUGAAUAUCCAUCCAUAACCACAUACCAUCCAUCCAAGCGUCUACAUCUAGACGCACAGACUUGUAUUAAAGUAGGUGUGCCAUCACAAAGUUCUCAUAAUAUGUGCACAAAGUUUGCAUUUCACAGCUCGACAAGUAUUAAUGUUGGUGUCCUUUCCCGGUCCCACUGUGUUCAUCACCCACCCAGGUGUUAUUCCACGAUGUGGAGGCUCUCACGCAGAAGCUGUACCCAAUUGUAGAGGCCAUGCAGCAGCACUUCAGCUCCGGCUCAGGGGCUUACUACAGUGACGCUAUCUUCUUCCUGUCAGUUGCCAUGCAUCACAUCAUGCCUGAAAGUAAGAAAUUCUUUUUCCCUCACGAAUUAGCCUUUUGUUAACUUAAGGGAGAUAAACUGUGCCAAUGUCACAUAUUUAUUUAUGCAUAUUUUCUCUCUUGCCAUGGGCUCCACAUAUGCUUUAUAUAAGAUAAUCAGUGUUUGGCCUCUGAGACCAAAUGGGUUGAUGGAAAUCUUUAUGAGCUCUGUGAAUUAAUUUCUUUACAUUUCCUUCAUUAUUUAAUGAUCGAUUGAAGCAAGAUAUAGAUUUUAUGAACUAAAAAAGAAAAUAGGUCAAUGCUCAGUCUUUACUGUGUAAGAAGGACCCUGUCUUUUAACAUAAAUGUUAUGGCAGGUUAGUGUAUUUUAAAAUGUGUUAUUGGAACUGUAGCAAUAAUUUUGGGUUAAAAUUUAGAUGCAUCACUUUCUGUUGGGAGGAAUUACGCAGAGCAGGUAUCAGAUUUUGAUUUGGAAAAUAGAAAAUUUAAUGUUUGAGUUGUUAAACUUCUUCAUUUACAUUGGUGUGCCUCAUUGUCCUGUCCCAAAAAAUACAUGUAUUUUUUUUACAUACUUAAAGUCACUCUGUGCAGAUUUAAGCCCAGUAUUCUGCUUUGAGUCUGUGACAAACCAUGUUUUAUAUUCACUCAGAAGCUCUCUACUCUGUGCUGGCGCUGCUGGAGCCCAGCUGGAGCAGGCAGUAUGGGCAGGUAUCUAACAGACACGUGGCUGGCUGCUAAAGCCCUGCAGAGAGAAGAGGGAAGGAUCUCUUGGGUCACUGCUGCCCACAUUAGUGCCCCCUGUGUCGAUGUUGACCGAUGGCAGCCAUCUCCUCCGCUGCGCACUGUUGUGGUUCACUUCAGUAGACGUGCAGCAUGGGGUGACAGACCACAAAUUAGAUAAAGUUAUGGUCUUUAGGAGAAUCAAUAUUAGUCACCAGAGGCACACAUUUGAUUUGACACCUGAGGUCUCAGUGUCGCAGACAGCAGGAUCCUAGCACAUAUAAACUGUAACUCGAAAAGAGGGCACAACAGGUACAAUGUUAGGUCAUGUUUCUGCUUGGAAGUGCAUUUAUCUGUGAUACAAGAAAUAGGGUUUGACACAGAAUAAAGAGAGUGUUUUUCUCAGUCACUUAGAUAUUUUCAAAAGCAUGGCAGUUUUGGAAAUAAAUUGUAUAUGAUGGUAGGGGCCCUGAGUUACAAGCUCCUUGGCAUCUUUUAAAGGCUUGAUAACCUAUGUGCUCAAAUUGAAAGUUCUCUACAACACACAUACACAAUUUAUCAUACUAGCUAUUUAUCGGGGAGCAAAAAUGAGAAAUUGUGGGAAAAAAACAUGCUCAGUGAUAUAUAAAAGACUUUUGUUGAUAGUUGUUGUCAUUCAGCUGUCAACACUUAAAAGUUGUUUAUUUUGUCUCAGUUUUAAAUACAUUACCUGUUUUCCUUUUUGACAUGGAGGUGUUUGUCUGUGCCCUUGAAACGCUUAUUGAUCAGCCACAUGUGCCUCCUGUCUAAACCAUUGCACACGUCUAUUCAAAGAACACUUUUAUCUAUAAAGGGCAUUUUGAGGUUGCUUAACAGGGAGAGUAGGGGGUAGCCUGGUGGUCAAACCUCCUCUGGUAUUAUUUCCUUUAAAUCAUCCUGCUCUGCUUAAACUACUUUAUAAAUCUCUUUUCACUCAUUCAGCCUCACCGCAGAUGCAGAACAUCCUUAUGAAUAAUGGUACAAUAAAAUUAAAAGGGUAUGGUGGUUAUAAAAAUGGAAAAAAAUAAUAAAAAUAAAAAAUAGCAGUAAUAAUUAAUGUAAAAAAACAUCGACAUCAGGAUCAGUGUGAUUUUAAACAUUGGCAUCAGCCAUGAUUUUUACAUUUUCUGCAUCAUGACUGAUGCAUGCAUUGCGUCUAUCCAUUCAUCAUCCGUCUGAUCAUCCAUCCAUCCAUCCAUCCAUCCAUCCAUCCAUCCGUCUCCCCCCAGUCUUUCUUUCAUUGACUUUAAUAUCCUUCCAAUCAGCCCUUUUUAAAUCUCCUGCAUCUGUUUACCCACCAAUCCAUCCAUCCAUCUAUCAAUCAACCAAUGUCCAUUCCCCCAUCUAUUCAUUCACCCACCCCAUCUCCCCUCUUUUCAUCCAUCCAUCCAUCCAUCCAUCCAUCCCUCAACCAAUGUCCAUUCCCCCAUCUAUCCAUUCACCCACUCCAUCUCCCCUCUUUCCAUCCAUCCAUCCAUCUAUCCAUCCAUUCAUCCAUCUAUCCAUCAACCCAUCGUCCAUUCCCCCAUCUAUCCAUUCACCCACUCCUUCUUCCAUCCAUCCAUCAUUCAACCAAUGUCCAUUCCCCAUCUAUCCAUUCACCCACUCCUUCUUCCCUCUUUUCAUCCAACCAUCCAUCCAUCCAUCCCUCCAGACCUCCACCCAUCCAUUUCUUCAUUCCCUCCACUUUGUUGAGUAAGAAGUGUUUUUAAUUCUGUCCAAAUACUUCAUCAAUUAUUGUUCUGUUUAAAAAAACAAUAAUGUGUUGUAAUUGUUUGGAGUUUAAUAACAUUUUUGGUCCCUGGUAAAACUUUGAGGGGGAAACGUACACCAGCUUUUAUUUUCUGUAGGUGGAGUGCAGAUGUCUUACCCUUUCAAAAACUUUGACAUUAACCAUAGGUUUUCCAGUCAGCACUUGGACAUUUUUCUGUUCUUGUUCAGUUUAGCUUUAAAGAGUCCAUUUGAUGUUUAUGUUAUAAACUCAUGCUAAUUGUGAUUGAAGGGGACUGUUGAAUAAGCUUAAGCUUUACGACCAAAGUGUAAGCAGUGAGUGGAUUCUUAUUUAACUCCACACGUCCUAUGAGAAACAACAGAAGGGAUCACUGAUAGGGUUCCUAAGAAACAUUGUUUUUGUCAGUGGAGAGCUGUUCCAUGUUAUGUAUCCUCUCAUGAGGUUUCAACAUGCUGAGACUUGAGUCUCUCCUUAAACUGCAACCUCUAUUUUCCAGCCUUGAAUAGAAGUGCCAUUAGUGAUGUGUGAAGAGCUCUGCCAUAGUGAGAGAAACGCCACAUGGAAGUGUCUCCACAUAGCUUCAUUAUUGAGUGUUGCAGGAUUACACAGCAAAAAGAUGCCGUAAAUGCUGAUAAUUUUAAAGCUUGGUGUUAAGUGAAAUAAAAAGUAGAAUCAGUAAAAUCGUAUUUGCUCUGUAAUUUCAAUAUUUGAUAGCAGUUUAUAUGCAGUAACCAAAAUCAGACUUAAGAUUUCUCUCUUACCUCCUACCCCUUUUCUCCAGAGCUUAUAACAUACAGGUUUGAGCUCUGUCCCCCCAUCCAAUAUGGAAAAAACUUGUUUGAAUAUGACUGGGUUAUAUGACAGGAUUAUGAUGGUUGUUUUUUUAAGAAAGGGUAAAAAAAAAAAAAAAAAAAGGUGGAAAGAAUCAGAAUCCGAAAUUUGAAAUGACAGUAAACUGCAAUUGAACAUAAACUCUGUGUUUUGCAUUAGUUGUGUUGUGUUAGUCUUCCAGCAGGAAAACUCUAGACUUUGGAUGUUGAGUCAGAUAAGGAGAAUGAAAAUGAAUCUCAAGUGAUCCCUUUUAACGGAGCAGGGUGUUUUCCAGUCAGUUUUGUUCAAGUAGACAACAGUGACCCCUUUUAUAUAUGGGUUUUAAGUGCUCACAUCAAGACUGACAUUAGUCCUUAAUGAGGCUGACCUACUUUCUUUCUGAAGAUAAUGCGAUAACAGUGUGUGUGUUGUUUUGAUGCUGUGGCUGAGUUGAGGUUUGGUCAAACAGGGCUGCUCGAUCUGACCGUAACCUGAGGCGAGUUAUAAGCCACCCUAACAGCAUUACUCCUGCAAUAAAAUGUCAGCACACACACACACACACACACACACACACACACACACACACACACACACACACACACACACACACACACACACACACACACACACACACACACACACAUUUCUGAUCAAGACUAAUUUGAACCGUGUUUGAAAUUAGGUAGCUUAACCAUACAGAAGAUCAGGCCUGAGACCACAAGACGUCAUUUCUGACAUGUUCGCUUGCUGGUUGAACAGGCCGGUUAAGCUAAAGAACAUCACUUCCCACAGUUAUCAUUUUUAGAGUUUGACAUUAUUAUUAUCAUUAAUUGUUGUUUCUGCCUUUGUUUCAAUUCAUUUCAUAUUAUAUAACCCUUAUUCAUCAUCUAUUAUUAUUGUCCUUGUUUCUAUAAGGCUGUUACAAAAGUCAUAUUGAACAGUUAGUUCACUGGGAAAAAUCAAUUCUCCUCCAAAUGUCAUAAAUUAAAAGAGAAAUAAAUGCAGAAGUCGUUGUUUUAAAUAUGUUAGGUAGGUGUCUGCACAUACCAAUAUUAAUGUUAAUAAUUAUAACAACUUUAAUUGUAUAGAACAAACAAGAGUUUACUUAGUGCUUUAACAUGCAGGAAAACAAAGAAGAUAAAACAACAGAACAACAACAAGAGAACAUUUGGGGGAAAGAGCCUUGACAAGACUAAAACUCAGACUACAUGUCCUAAUGUGACAUUAUUGGCAAUAAAGAAAUAAAAUGAAAUAAAAAUCGGUGAAAGACAUGAAAGCUUUGAUGAGUGUCACAUGAGCUGAGAUGUCAUUCAACUGAAGACAUGUGAUGGUGUGUCAUAUACAAGGCGGUAAUGACUGACAGCUCCCCAGACUGACAUUUGUCAGGUGGUACAUACAAUAAGAGACAUGCACUGUCUGUCCUCUUUUUCUUUGUCAUCCUGUCUCUUUUGUCUCACCAGGCUCAUGCUUAGUUCUCUGUAAAGAAAACAAGCUGUCUAGCCUGAAUGACUAUAGACUUAUUUACGCCCACAUCAGAAUCUGUUUUGCAUAGAUAAUUCCCCUUCAUGCAUCUAUUCAUCCUGAUAUGAGCAUUUGCGAUUUCUAAGCAAGAGGGUUUGUAUCAUCACAGAGAUCACUGCAAGCUUCUGCACUAAACAGCACAUUAACUAGUAAACAUUGGAUCUAUAUAAGAAACAACGUGGAUAUAAGGAACUCAUAGUUGCGUAAUGUUUGUUUCUAUAAGUCACAUAUCCUUCCCAUUGACUGCAGAAAUCUAACGUCUGUCAUCCUGAAAACUGAAACUAGAAUUCAUAGAAACUCCAAACAAAGCAUGUCACAAAAACUGACCUCAUGGACUGUUCGAGCAACUCAGUAAAUGUAGCAUUUGAUCAAAUCCAAGAGAAUAAAAAUAGAACAAGGCAAAAAAAAAAAAAUCCAUAAUCAUAACAUGCCAUGAUAACACAGCCAGUGCCACAAAGCCUUUCAUGCACCUUCACACAACUUUGUGUUGAGUCACUGAUCUCACAUCAAACCAACUACGUCACAGUGUUGCUACAACUCCAGGCCCUCUUCCUGUUACACUUGCACAAGUUAAGCCCAGCGAGUUCAAACAAGCAGAGCCAGCUUAUGGGGGGACCUCUCCGCCGAGCCUCUCUGUGUUGCCAUAACACAUCAGUACAUUGUGAUGGCAGCUUCCUUGUUUGGAGAGCACAGAAAACAAGUCCAUGCCAUAUUGCUGAGUCUUCUUUUUCUGUCACUUGUUUUAACAGCAAACUGCCACUCAAAUAUUUUUACCACACAAGGCUUUAAUAUCUUUAUUAUAGCAUAAUUACUAGUCUGAAAGUGUUUGCAAUAAUCACAAAAAGAUUUGGGCAUGGUAGCUUUUCACUCUAAAAUCACUAGAUAUGGUUAUAUGUUACCAUUUCUUUACACAGUAACUUUAACACACGAUCAAAGUCUGGGGUAUAUAAUGUCAUAUUGGCUCCACCAGCCUCAUUAGUUCAACUGUUGUUGCUGAAUCCCAAACAAGCUUAAAAAAACUGAAACAGACCUGGAUAUAUUGAAUUUAGCUUUGAAGGUCUAUGGUUCAAUCAGCCCGUGAAGCCCAUUGUAUUGAAGUACCCUUGUUUUGUAAAACCAGCAUCUGUUUUGUUAUCAACCUUUAAAAACAAAAUUUUAUUGCCUUUCUCUUUUACCGUAUGUUUUAACUUGACAAAUGUUUUCAUCAGCCUAAUAAUCACAUUGUUCUUCUGGCACACCAUUAAGGGCCGUUUCCCAUCCUUUUAUCACCAUGGAAACCAGCAAAACAUAGGAAGCAGGAACAAUGAACAGAUGAUGGUCUGAAUUUCCUGGAUACCUCUGUUACCACUUCAUCCAGAACCAAGAUACAGCACUUAUCAGCCACUUAGCACCAAAAAUGCAGCGUUGAAUAGUAAUGCUCAGCUUUUUAGACAUAAAGACUCUUUGUAGGUCACUGUUAUAAACCAAAAAAGGAAAAGUAUUAAGGACCUCUGUUACUGUGUCUUUUCCUGGAAAUACUUAGAUGUGAUCAGACAAUCACUGCAUUAUAUGCUUGUGGUCAGAGAGACCCAACCUACAUGCCCGGUAUACUCAUAAGUACAUUUCCUGGGAUAACUUAAAAAUGGGGAACACAUUUACAUUUAUUGCAGUUGGUUAAAAAAUAAUCGUCAUGUAUCAUUGGUAGAACUCUUGGUCAUAUAGAAAUCCCUCUUUUGGAAAUUUAUGUGAUUUAAAACAUCUGAUGUUUUUGUAUUUUUUGUUUGAUCCAACCUUAUUAGUGUGGUCUCUUUGUUUACAGGUCUGACACGGAUACUGCAGCUGGACCUCGACCUGAAAUACAGGACAAACAUCAGGGACCUGUUCCAAGAAUUUGAUCAUUUCCCUCCAGGAGCAGUGAUAGGCAUAACCAGAGAGAUGCAGCCAGUCUACAGGUAAGGAGCACAGUCUUAAUCUAGCUGAUGGCUAGAUAGAUGAUCCAAGGUCAAGUAUUUGGGCGUUUGCCUUCACUUUCCGAAGGUAAAAUUCCUCCUAUCACAAAAUAUGUUAACACAGUUCAGUCUUCGACUCUGACAUCAGCUUGUUAAUCUUUUCAGCUAUCCUCUCUUUUUGUUUGGACAAUAACUUUCAGAUAAAUUCAUUAGUUAUCCAGUUUUCCAAACCUGGGACGAUUCGAGACAUUGUCUUGUUUUGGUCACUCGUCGUGUCUGAACGGUGACCAUGUCCUUAAUUAAACUUAAAAAAGUUUCACGGAUGAACAAACAGUUUGGCUUCAAUACUUAAUAAAUUUAUCAGUGCUUUAUAAUGAUUUUAUUUAGUGUAGUUUUGUUAGACGAGCCACUUAAUAUCCAUUUGCCCUCUUGGUCACUCAUGGGUUACAAAGCACAAUUAUAAUCCCACUCACAGUUGCUGACCCCAGAUGGAUUAGAGUUUUAUGGGCCUCAUUUACACUUUCACAGUCACUUUCUCUCAGUUUGUAAGUGAGAAAGAACAUAAGCAGACACUCAUACAUUCUCGAGAACUGCAGCAGCGUAACCAGCCUGUAAUUAUCUAACUCUGAACAAGGAUUAAACAUUGUUAUGCAACAUGUAACAGGAACAGCUAGUGGUUUUACUGGACAUCUAUAAGAUGGUUGGUUAAUUUAUUGCUCUCAGAUACUUAGGGUAUUGACAGUUUGGUUUAUAUAUUCAUAUCAAUAAGAAGAAAUAAAGAGGGAUUAAUUGGUCAGCUGAUUUAUGGGGCAGAUUAAAGGUAUUUUGUAAUAAUCUGUACAAUAUCACAUGGCUGAUAUCACAAAGAUUGAUGAAGAAAAAAGUUAUCACAUUUUUAUUUAACCACAGUUUUCAUUUUAACCACAAUUUUUAACUUUUUAUCCCCUAUUUGAUAAUUUAAGAUAGUCGGAUAGAAAUCCAAAAGUCCCUUAUGGCGAUUUAAAAAAAAGACAUUUUGGCAUUACCUAUCAGCCAUCUGCCAACCUGCUCUAUCAUUGUAAGUAUGCACAUAUAUUAAAAAUAACAAAUCUGUUUUAGGCGUAUAAAAAAUGGGGAAAUGAGGUAGAAAUGCUGGUGUGUUUGGUAGGAUAAAGAUGGUCUGUUCCUAACUCUGUUUUAUGUGAUAUUUCUGUUCCGUUAUGUCUGAAUCAUCAUUCUGUCCUCCAAAUAGUUUCUGAACAAACUCAGCUGAAGACGCAGAACCAAAGUCCUUAAAAAACCACAGGGUGGGCUGAAUCAUCCUCUAAAAAAUGUACACUGUGUUGUAACCUUCUAUUAGUUCAUGAUAACCCGAUUGGUUUUACAGAACCAGUCUAUCACAAAGUGCUUAUAAGAGAACUUUUUUUACAGGCUCGAUAGUUGGGUCGAGCUUUUAAAUCACAGUUGCAGGAUAAUGAUCACAAUGCCAAGCUAUCUACUGUCCUUCCUUUCGGGUAAAUAGCUCCAUACUUGGCAGAUCCAAGCAGAGAGAUAUUGCUUGUCAGAAGAUGUGUUGUGCUCAUCCUUUCAUUCACACACACCUCCUGUCUCCUGACAGACUUUCCUGAUGUAAAUAAACAAUCUGCCCAUUCCCUACACACAUUUCAAGGAUUUUUGUCAGAGAAUCACAACAACAUUGAAAGUUAGAGUCAAAAGUUGAGCACCUCUUGCAAACUGCUUAUGUCACACAAUUUUGAACUGACCCAGUUGUAAAUUAUCCAGAAAGGUUUUGCUUAAUUUUCUGUAUUAGGAAAAGUUUUCGUUUUGUUUCAUUAAUUGAUGUAAAGUUAAGACUUUUUAUUUCAGUCUGUAAAGUAGUUGAGUGAAAAGUUUUGUGUUUGAGCACUGAUCAACUUUGCAGACAAUCCGUUUCAAUUACCUCUGCUGUCAGACAGGUUCUUCACUCAUGUUUACUUUUGAUCUGAAGCAUCUGAUUAAGAUAACAAACAUACACACAAACAACUGAAUGAAAACACCGUCUGUUACUCAUCCUGAUCCAGAUUUCUUAUUCAUUACUGCUAGUGCGUGUGUGUGUGUGUGUGUGUGUGUGUGUGUGUGUGUGUGUACAUAAACAGGGAUUGAUUCAGGCUCAAAAGCUCUUUGUUCCUCAGCUGAUUUUUUCCGUCUCUCUCCGAGAUAGUAAGACAAACACUCCUGGUACGUUUAGUCUACUGCGCUGUUUUCCACUGAAGGGUGACAUCAAAACAGGACGUCACUGUGUGUGUGUGUGUGUGUGUGUGUGUGUGUGUGUGUGUGUAGGACUAAGUAAAGCAAGGUCAGGUCGAAAAUAUCAUGCUGUCACUGCUUUUUAAUAUGUGUUUUAAUUUUUGCUCCUUUUUAUGCAUUCACCUCUAUGGAGCCCCGAUAAAGAGCCCUAAUAUUAAAGAGUAAUAGUAAAAGAAAAUGAGAGAGACUGAUUAAUUGGCAUCGGUGGAUGCCUGCUCUGACGAGGUCAGCUAGAAUAAUAAGAGGAAAAAGAAGAAGAUGAAGAAUUUGAUGAUUGGACUCAAAUAAUAAAAUGUUCUUUGAAGUUCAGCAACUUUUUUUCUUUUUGUUGUGAUCCAAGGAUAGCACCAAAUAGGCAUCUGGACAUGAUUAAGGUUCUUGAAAAGGUUUCAGCCCUCCUCAGUCAGGCCUCUUCAGUUCUUCUGUAGGCUGGGGACAUUCAUUUUUUUAGACCUGAAGAAGCCUGUUGGAGGAGAGGGGAAAUGUCUUCAAGGAAGACCUGUUGGAUCUAGCCUUGGACAAACAUUAAUUUACACAUACUCAUUUUUCAUAAACAUUAAUUUGUUCUUUUUCUUUUUCAAUGUGUGAAAGCUACAACAGCAAAAGUUUGGUCUGGGACACACCCUGUAAUAAAAGCACCACGUCAUGGUGUUGUUUGGCUCUGAUUUUUUGGACACCAUGAUUUGUUGUCCGUGAACAGGCAGUAUUGCAGAAAUAAGGGUCUAUUCUUAUUCCAGUAAAUAUUCAUGAUGUCAGGUUUUGGAGGUGGAACUAGAGUUUUCCUGCCCAGGCUCCAGUCGUCACUAACAUCCCUAAACAGAUCUGUAUCUAAGCCCUGCCUCUCAUGUGGUUCAGUGGGUUACUGACUCUGGGAAUCCCCUGCUACUGUAGUUCCUUUGGGCCGGAUACCUUCUUUCAAAACAUACCAGGAGGUCUUGCCUCGUUUGUUUCUUUUACUUACUUUUUUUGUGAGCUCCAAAGAUUGGUGAGAUAAGAUAUUUUAACAAUAGCUCGAAAUUUUAAAUGCAUGUCAAAAUAGAAAAAGGUCUCUUUUUUUGUCUUUUGGAGGAUAUUUCAGAAAUAGUUAGGCCCUUUAAAAGGAGAACUGAAUUUGCUACCAGCCUGCUACCCCAAUGAGCCAGCUAGCUAAUGAACAUUGCAAUGUUUAAAUUGUGAACCUUGGUAUCAGUGCUGCAUUGUGUGCCACCUCUCCUCUGAAGUGUUUUCCUGCUUUGAGUGGAGAGGGCUCUCAGCUCCUACUCUGUUUCGCUGCUAAUGGACAGAACAUUAUGCAGGAGAACGUGUCCUCCCACCAGCCGCAUUCAGAGCACAUCCUGCCGCUGAAAGUUCAUUAUUAGAGAAAAGUCCCCGUGUCUUUUCCCCUGCAGCUGCAUUUGUAAUGCUUUGAAACCCCAGAGACAAGACCCACUUACGUAAGUGUCACAGUCAAAGCCCCAAACUCUCCCUUAUUACUUUGCAUUUUGAGUCUUCAUUGUGUGGCACUUCCUCUGUAAUCCCAAUUUUUUUUUGCUCUUAGAUGGGAAUCAACUGUUGAAUGUGAAAUAUGUCAUUUUGCAUUAAACCACCUGUCUGGUUUGCAGUCAGGUGGCUGUGAGCUUCACAGUGCAGUUCCCUGCCUUUGCUCUGACCAAAAUCUUCUUUUAAAAAGAAAGAAUAACGAAUUUUAAUCUGUAAAUAUGCUAUCGAAAGUUUUCAGUCAGUUGACAAAAGGUGUUAAAGUUUUAAAAGAAAUAAAGAAAUUUAUGAUGGAAGGAUUUAGUUGGUGCGGUCAGUCAUGUCUGUAAAGUUAUAUCUAUAUUUUUUCAGAAUCUACAUAAUCUGCAUCAUCUUUUAAGUUGUUAAACAAAUCUGUGAUGAAAAUUUCCAAAUAUAGCUUGUGAGUACCCCAGAACCUGACCCCCACUUUGGGCCGAGUUGUUCUGCACAGCCUUCGGAGAGAAGGUUGUUUUUUUGUUCUGAGCAACAAAGUGUAGUACAGAAUGUCCCCACUGUCACCUGCUAAUGCUUUUCAUUCUUUCAGCAGGGAGAGAAAGAAAAACACUUAAAAGGUUGGCAGUCUUGGCAGAGCAGAAACAGAAGCACUCGCCGGAGCAAUGGUCUAAGCUAAGAGUUUGAGUCUGGUGUGAGUGUACUGCUAUAAAGUAAAAAAAAAAAAAACUGGAGUCGUUGUGACAAGGUUGUUUUCAGAGUUCAACUUUGGAAAAACAGAUUGUGACAAAACCAUUUCAAGCCACAAACACCUGCUGCAGAUAUCUUCAUUAAAGGGACACUCCGGUCUAAAAUUAAGUUAAGAUCAAACACACCGAAACACCGAGUUAGACACCACGUCGUUCUCCUGUUGCUAAAUAAUUUGUCAUGGAAAUGUAAUCAGACCGAGACGCUAAGGCAGAAGAACUAUCGCAUCUGCAGUGCAAAAUGAUUAAUAUGGUGAUUAUUACUUCAAGGAAAUGAUAAAGUAAUGAUCAUAAAUGUUCUUCCUUGGGCUGCGUCACCCCACUGCAGUCAAUUGACUCACCCGAGGUCUCGCUACAAACAAGCGGCUGCUGGAAGGGAGUGGGUGAGUUGUGUUUAGUCUCUUUGUUAAAGAAAUCAGGCAAGAUGUUUGGUGGCUAGUACUGUGGCUGGGACCCUAUAUGUACUGUUGAUGAAGUUAGGUGCUGUUCUGAGCAUUAUUUGUGGCUAUUGAGUGGCAUUUUGGUUGUGCACGUGGCUCUCUGUAUUGCUAUUGUGGGGUUGUUACUAAAAUUGGUUUAACUAGAGAAGCAAGCAGUCAGCAACAUUCAUCUCUCGACGGGGUGUCUAACUCGGUGUUACGGUGUGUUUGACCCUAACUUAAUUUUACACCGGAAUAUCCCUUUAAUAAUAAUGACAUGUCUAAUCACCAUCAUGCAGCAACAAAUCUGGCCAUCGUGAGCAAACGUGACAUUGUAUAUUCCUUUUGGUUUAUUCCCACGUCUGAACAGCAAAAAGAAAAGAUCUGCUUGAAGGUUCUGACUGACUGUGCUCUCCCUGAAUGUGUCUUGAGGCACGUAGACCCCGGGUACAUCUUUCUGAUGAUGAAUCCUCCUCAGGGGCCACAAGUCCCCAGCUACCAAAACAAAGGGCCGUGCAAAACUGUGCGGACAUGCUACAGCUGCUCUGUAUGGGUCAGUAAUAAUAAUAAUAAAGUGUGAUUCCCCCUGGACUCGAUCAGCAGCAGAGACAGACUGAAGGGGGUAUUUGUUAUGAUAUAAAUCAUAAUUAUUCCCUUGUGUCCAUCUGCACCAAGAGAGCAUUUAAACCUUAGCUAAUUGUUUAUUAGACCAGUCUUCUGUCAUAAUGUGUUUGUUUUGUUCAUUUCUUUAAAUUGACAGCUUUGUCUGGCAACUUCCCCAUGUUUUUAAGCCGACAUAUUUUGUCUUAUUUUAUCGACUGUAGGUUUCCUCAGGCUCGGCCAAAACUGGGAAUAAUUGCGACUCUGUGAGCGUGUUAACAUGCAUGCAAAAAGAGUACAUUACCAGUCAUUCACAUGUCCAUGAGGAAUAAAAACAAAACUGCAGCGGCUGUUUGUAGACCGAAUGGGACAUUUUGUUCUUCCCUGAAAGAAGAAAUAAAAAUAGUACACACACAACACUGAACCUGUUAGUCUCCACAGACUUGUUAAAAGUAAAAGCAAAAACAUCGCAACAUGAAAGUAUCGCAAGAUAUGACAGAAACAGACAAGACCCAGUGUCUUUUGUCCUAUAUUUCUUUUUCUCCUGAGAGACAAGAUAAAUAACCGUACGUGAUCGUACAUAAGGACUCUUAUAGGCAAACAAACAUCCAGCUCUUCAAAGUGAUCUUAGUUUUUUCUUUAUGCAUAAGCACAGUCCCAGCUCGGGUCUAUUAAUCUGGCCCUAACCCAAAUUUUACUCCCCUCCUUUGCUUUCUCACAAAUCACUACUUAUGUGAAGCUGUUCUCCUGUUGCUCAAUUUACUUUAAACAUCUGGCCCCAGUUUAGACACUGUUAUUUUUCACACUGACUACUCCAUAAAUUCCUCUCAUGCUGUUGCGUCAUCUCUUUGCAAUCCAGCAUUUGGAUGGGGGGCAAAAAAUGUUGUCAGACAGAGAUGGAGGCAAAAUACUUCGGAGUAGUGGACCUGAUUAUGUACCAAGGCUGUAAGUUAAAGCUGGAUCACAUGUUUUAUACAGUGUACCGCUGACAUUUAUUGGUCAAGUGAGCCAAAAAUACUGACCUUUUAUAACACCCUGCAUUACUUAAGUCAAGUGUACUAUCUGCUGAAACUCCUUUCAAGGUAAAAACAACAAUAUGGACAUAAAACAAUAUAAAGAAAUUUCCACAAAAGGUCCUCCCUUCCCCGGGUACAUGUCUGUGCAUACAAAUGUUUUCUGAAUGAGUCUAAGCUACUUUAGACUUGGUUUGUUGGCAGAACAGGGCGCUGAGUUGGCACAAGCCUCUGGCACUCCAACAUGCUCGGACACUCCUGGACCAGCUCUCUUCCUGUUUUUUUUGGCCUCAGAGCUGUUGGUUCAGCAAAUGUGGGCUGGAACAGAGUUGAUCCUCUCAUGGACCCUCUCUUGUCUAAAUCUGUUAGAGGCUCAGUAUAUAAGAGUGAGACAUUUGCCACUUAUGCACAGGUUUUCUAGUCUCUGAUGAACAGCAGAUCACACGUCUCUUCACACUUUGUAAUAAAAAAAUUAUCAACCCUGUUGACUUUUUAGACAUUUUAAUAAUUUGAAGUUUAGGGUCUUAUUUAGAGUUGAACUUAUGGAGAUAGUAGGCUGCUCCCACAGCCUUUACAUAGCAAACACACAGCCUGCAUGAAUGCUCUGCAGCUGGCAUGCAUCCUGUGUGAAGCUGGCAGUAGAUGUUUUGUCCUAACUCUAAUUACCUGCUCAUUUCUCAAGUCGACAGAAACAAAAGCCUUGGCUGGAAGUUUUUUGUCACAGAUUGAUUUCUGGCCACACAGGAAGCCCCAAAAAGUUGGUUGUCAUCCCCACAAGAAUAUAGUGUCAGUAGAAGAAAUCGAACACGCUCUGGGAUCGCCAGUGUUCUUACUACUACACACCCUAAAUGAUUUUGAAAUAUGCGUUACUCAUAUUGCGUUAGUUGACAGUCACAUCUCUGUCUCUCUUACCUCAGGCACACCUUCUGGCAGUAUCGUAAGGAGAACCCUCAAGCCAGAGUAGGUGAACCUCCUCCUGAAGGCCUCCCAGGCUUCAACAGUGGUGUGAUGUUAUUGGACCUUGGUGCUAUGAGAGCCUCAGCUCUCUACAACCAGCUGCUGAAGCCUGAUAAUGUUGCCAAAUUAGCAGACCAGUACCGCUUCAGGGGCCACCUGGGUGACCAGGACUUCUUCACUAUGAUUGGGAUGGAGCAUCCUGAGUUGUUUUAUCCUCUGGCCUGUGGUUGGAACAGGCAGCUGUGCACCUGGUGGAGGGACCACGGAUACGGAGAGGUGUUCCACUUGUACUAUCGCUGUAACGGACCUGUUUAUAUCUACCAUGGGAACUGUAACUCACCUAUACCGGACGACUAAUGACUGGAAAUGAAAAAUAUUUUUUGACGUGUACAUUCAAAUUAAAGGGAAACUCCUGCUUUGCAACCACUGAACAGCUUAUGUAGCCACAGACACUGCCCCCUGCUGGCCAGGGGGCUCUUGAAGGAAACACCCAUGAAACAGCACCACAAAUCAGGCAUACAGCUGCAUCAAUUUUUAAUAAAAUUUAGGCUCUCAGGCCAAAAAUAAGCCCUGCCAUACGCCAUAGAAGAAGCUGAAACAACAGGAUUGCUUCAGAAACAGAUAUAGCAAUAAUAAUAAGAUUUACAGGUAGAGAUGUGCUGAUUAUUUCACAAGGUGAUCUACCUAGAAGAUUAUCUUGACUGCAUUUUUCAGCCAGAGCAGCACCUUCUUAGAUCUCUGUACACUGCGCUGUGGUAACAGUUCGGUCUUGUUAUAGGUACCCCCUUUGUGAGCAGGACAAGGGUAUGUCAGUAUGAAUGUAACCUAUGUUUAAUUCAUGGUCAACGGCAGUGUCAUAUUUUUUAAUCUGCCUGAGUCUCUCAUUUGAAUAAAAUUAGAAUCUUGUUUGAGGGAGACAUCACUAUCCUUUCAUAUUUCACACUCAACUUUCCAUCAAAAUCAUCACUUGGUCAGUAAAUGUGAUAUUUGCCACAUUUCUUGACCUUGAGUGGAAUUAACAGUCUCAAACCUCUCUUCCCUCAGUCUUAUUUCCAGCACAGUGGCUUAAGCCCACCCCAUGUCAGCAUGUAUCCCUUCAACACCAGGACAGAUGAGGACUUAUUUGGGGACAUUUACCAGCCUCUCAAGCUUGAGACACGUGUGCGCUGGCCACGGCACUUUCUUUUUUUCAAACUGAUCUUUUUACAGGUGGGAAGAAAAGGGAAUUGCUGCAGAGUGAGGAGAAGGAGGCGUUGGGGAAAAAAGUGGUCAACAAUGACCGCAAUGAUGGCUGUUGUUCGUGUCCUGCAUUUGCAGUUUAGCUGAGGUCAAAUACAGUCCCAUCAGCCGCACCCAUUUCAGAAGGAGCGAAUCUCCCAGGGAACGUGACUCAAGACUGACCCAGUUUUGAGUUUUUCUUGUUGUGCUCACUCAGAUUCAAAGAAAUAUCAACACCCAAUAUUCAUCUGCUGGGAAAUUGUUAGAGGUGACGCACACUUAACAGCACAUCAGGGCAAAGUGGCUGAAUGCUUCGCACUGUCAAUAGAGUGGAAAAGACUGCAAGAGGAAACACUUGAGACUCGACAUUAUUCUCAAUCAAUUCAUUCCCCUUGAACUCACUCCAAAGCUGAUCAAUAUUCUGGCCAGAACAACACUUUCCAGCCUCCACGACUUUGAUUUUCCUUCGUCAACUGAAAAAAAAAUCACUAAAUGAGACACAAAAUAAAAACAUUUCCAUUACCAGUUCCUCUUCGCACUUUACAACAUAAAGAUGGGCUCCAGGAUGAAGGGUUUAGUUGACAGAUGAAGCCGUCUGCUUUCAAUGUCGUUUGUUAUAUUUUUAGGUAUAGGUUUUAGCUUGAUGUUAAUAUCUUUUCGUUUUCUUGUUCAUCCCUCAAGACCUUUUCCAUCUCAUUAGCAAAUCAUCAUUAAAUUAUUUUGUCCAGUAAUUAUGUCAAAUUACAGUUUUAAUUUGGAUAUUAUUUGAGUGUUGUAAAUGGAUAUGUAAGAGACCUAGAAAGGAUGAAUAUCUGAUUAACAAUAUUACAUCUGCUUACUGUAUUAGAAUAUGUUCUGCAAAAGUAAACUUACAUUCACUCUUUUUUAUCGACUAAAGCAAGCUAUCUUAACUAAAAACCACAUUUCUACUCUUAGAAAAAUUGUGUUCUGUUGCUGGUUGACCGUGUAUGUACCGUGUAUGUAUAAAUCUUGUUUCAUGGUUCCACAUUUACCACUAGUUCCUGAGUCAGAGUUGCUUUGAAGUCUCAUGUCUUGUUCCGUUCAAUUCAAAUUCUUGUUUAUUUUGUUACUUAUAAUGGAGACUUUUCCUUUAAACUCUAUUUGAACCAAAGUGAAUCCUGAUACAGUGUCAACCUGUCUUUACUAACUUUCUUUGCUAACGCUUUAUUUGAGGAGAUAUACAUUAGACUGGCGUUAAGCUGUCAUAAUCAUGACCUGACACCUGUCAUUAACAUGAAUAAGGUUUCUGAAGGUUGUCAUUUAAGUGUCAUAUGAAAAAUUAUGACACCUUUAGUGCUAUGUUGACAUUUUUUGACAAAGCACUGUCAUCAACAUAGCACCAAGGUUGUCAUAAUUACUGAAUUACGCUUAAUGAUAACCUUUAUAAGCAUUAUUCAUGUUAUAUGACAGCGUAAUGUCGAUCUUGUUUAUACCUCUUCAAAUAAAGUGUUACGCUUUCUUCUUUACGUUUGUUAGAGGACCUCUCUGUUAGUGUCUCUUUAGCGCCCCCUGUGAUCAAAGCCAUGCCUCUUACAUCUUGACUGAUUUUGCCUUGUGCAGGUGUCAGAAUUGUUUCCUAACCAAAACUCUCAACCUGUUUUCUAGUAAUAAUAACAUCCCAAUAAUAUAAUACCUCCUUACAGGGAUUACACAAAUUUAAAACUGCUGACUUUCUUAUUGAUGCACUUGUGUUUGCCAAAAGUUUGAUUGUAGUUUUCAUCCUUGAUGAAAAUAGAGAUCGAGUUAUUUGAAAUUUUUUCAAGACAUAACAUUGUUGUGAUAAAAGUUGUGCUCCAUUUUGAUGCCAACGUGUCCCUGAAACUCAUUUUGAGAAACACUUGCUGAAGGGUUAGAGUAAUUGAGUUAUCCAAACUUCUUGUUUCACCUGUCAUCAUAAGCCUUUUUCUUUAAUACCCCACUUAUGAUGCAAAAAAACUAAUUCAGAAAUCUAGAUUUAUUUGAUAAAAAGUGAUAGAAAAUCAUACAGGUGGAGCUUUAUUUUUAAAAUGGAUACAUCUUCUAUGUUUAUGUCACCACUGUAAAUAAUUCCCAUUCACUACUGCACAUUCUCUAUGAUCAUCUGUGCCUCCUCGCACAGCCAUCAAAUUUUGACAACCACUGCAUUAUACAAACCCGUGCUUAUGUUCUUGUUUGUCUGCUACAAGCAAGACGUGACCUCUUUCUGUCAGUCAAAUCUGCCAACACUGUCAGCUAACACUCCACACACACAAAAAAAUUACAUCAAUCAGCCUUGACCUCUGGAUGUGCUGACAUUAAAAUAACCCAGUUUACACCUGCAAAUGAAAUGUCUCUUGUGUUAGGAUGCACUGUAGUGUAAUUUUCAUCUCUGUCUGACAUAAAAUGGAAUGGCUAUUUUGUAGAGAAUAAUAAAAAAUGACUCUUUUUGCAUAACACGUCCCUGCAACCUUUGCUUUCAGUUGAAUGAUUACACUUUAUACAUCUUGCACUGAAAUGUCAGCAACAGGUGAAAAUGAGGUAGACCUCUAUAUUUUAAGACGGACACUUCAAACCAGCAGAUGAUGAAACAGCACACAGAAUCUGAAAGUGUCGGACUCAUAGUUUCUGAAAUUGAGUAAAUAAAUCCACAAAUUUCAAUACCAAAUACACGAGAAGGCACAACAUAGUUAAAACAGUUAGAUACAAAGGUACUGUCUCACCUGUCUUAUAGCCUUUCAAAUUAUUGAUAUGAAAACCAUUCAAUGUCUCUGGCCAACAUAUAUUUUGUUACGAUGUCAUUUAGCAGACGCUUUUAUCCAAAGCGACACACGUUGAAAAACAACACAAGCGAAGAUUGAGACAAGAGGAAACAAGAUCAGUAAGGAAAAGUGCUUCAAGUCCAAUUGGACACAGGUACUGCCACACAGUUUGAAAGACACAAAUAUAUAUAUUUUUAUUUUUUAUUUUUUAUUUUUACCCCAGGUAAACAGGAGCAGUGCGGGUAACUGUGAGCAACUAUUUUCGUGUUGUCUGCUUUGAGAAUAAGUACUAGAUUAAAUAGUCCAUGUUGUGUACAAUCAAAAGUUUACAUUCAAUGGUUGAAAGCAGUGCACAAUUGUAUCAUCAACAUCAAGGUAGACAUCAUGAUUUUUUGUUGUGGGUUUGAUUUUUUUUUUUAUAUUAACUGUAAAUACAAUGGGCCCCAGAAUUAAACCUAGAGGAACCCCGUUUGUCGAUAAUCAAUCAGAAGUUUUAAAUGUUAAUUCCCCUUGUUAUAUCUGAAGCGUGAAAAGUCAAAGAACUACAAUUAACCUUUUUUUUACACUAGUGGUUUGAGUGUUUGACCUGCUAUAGCAGCUCCUACACUGAUACAGUCACAUGAGGUUGGGUAUAAUAACCCCGGGUUAGACAGACUUUAGUAUGUUGUGAUUUUCAGAAGCCUCAGCUUGAACUCAUUCACCAACACUCUGAACCUAAAGCCUAUAAAAACAGCAGGCCGCCAUGGAUUUGAUACAGCAGCAACAGCACUAAUUUGUCAUCCAAGAAAUACAAAAAGUUCAAUCUGAAGCUCAGCUAGACUCAAGAGUGUUUCUGUGUAAGUGAUUCCUACAGAUUUUCAGAGGAUUGAAGACAAAUGCUCUGCGGUAUCUUCCUCUGCUGUAGCUUCUGAACAUGGAUGACUCACUGAGUCAGCACCACAUUCAAAACAAACAAGAAAAAAGCAUCACAUCAUGAAACCCAGACUGUAAAGCAUAUGGACAUGUGCAUAGGCCUACAAAACGCGUGUGGGACACGACACGAGACAGAAGAUUUUGACUAAUCACCCUUCUGCUUUUCAACAAUAUACCGGCAUUAAGUAGUCCUCUUGAACAAACAACCUUGUUUUAUAUUCUGUCAAUAUUAUAACCCUGAACAUGCCAGAAUGACAGCAAAUAAUUGACAUUUACAAAUAAAACAAGGAUUGUAGUGACUAUGCUGACCUGAAUUUUAGUCACUGUAUGCGUGCGGGAAUGAGGUGUUUUUGAUGCACUUCUAGUACAAGCCAAUGUCCAAUCCAAGGUUGUUGUUGAGUUAUCUUUUUACCAUUUAUUGAAUUCAUGAAAACCAAACAAAAAAAAGACAGAUAUGUCCAAGUUACUUUGAUGGUGAUGUGCGUGAUGAGCGUGAGAGUGGUGUCGGAAAUUAGCAGUAAAAACCGUGUGCUCUUCCCAUUCCCCAGAUCACUGCGUCACCUGUGUCCCUUUGUGGUGAUGCUGUAAGUAACAAAACAAAACCCAAAAAACAAUAUGGGUAAAAUAGCUCAUACAAGGAUGUUAAUCAAGUUUUUUUACUCUUUACCAUAUGAUAUCAAUUUGAAAUAGUUGCCUACAGGCAAAGAUACUUAUUUUUGCCAUCUCAGCUGCACCGCUGAACAAUCAGCUUCUACUUCCUCCAACUUCCAAAAUCUUUAAUGCCACCCCAUUCCCGAGCCAUGGACCUGCUUGUAGAUCUGCCCCUGAGUGUGCCUUUUGCUUACAGAUGCAUUUGAUUGUGAGUAGUGGGGACAAAGUGCUCCAUGGGACAGAUAUAGACCAGUUUGUUCCUGCCUGCUGCUCCCUGCUCUCUGUUUUAUGUUCUGUCCAUCAAUGUCUGUCUCCUCUUUCUCCCAGAGAGUGGUCAGUCUGACCAAAAAGAAAAAAAAAGAAAGUCUGAACAAUGAGCUGCUGCUUCCAUCUGUACACAUUACAGCUCACUUCUUUGUUCAAGUACAUGUCAACCCUGUAAUGGCCUCUUUUUACUGUAAACAUAUUUUUGUGCUGAUAAUAAUAAUAAUAGGACAUUUUAGUGAAAUUCUUUGUCUCUGCUUCAGUUUCUGCUUUGACUAAAAGAUUGAUAUUAAUAGCUGUUGUUUGUAUUAAUGCAGUCAUAGCUUGGAAAGCUUGGUGAAAUAUCAAAGCUAGCUUGUACUCAGGUUGCUCUUUAAGUGAAGUUUAUAACUGGAAAAUGUGAUUUGGUUUUUAACAAAUUUACAAAUAGUUGACAGAGGUGCUUUUAAAUUAUUUUCGAGUCCUUUCCUGCCCUUAUUAAGAGUGUAAUAGAUGGAGGACGAAUUUGUGAUUCCCUCUGGACACAACCCAAGGACAUGAUGGGUCAUGCUAUCUGCCUAUUGAGCCAUCAUUAAGAUUUUUGGGGUGGCUCGCUUCUUGCUUUUAGACCCUUUACAGACCUUUACUAUUUUAAAAAGGAAAAUGUCAAUCUCUCCUCCAUCAGUUUGAAUUAUUCAUAAAAAGAGUUUGCACAGCGGUCUAGUCAAAAGUUUGGCGUCGUGUGUCGUAUGCGCCCUUGGACUGGAUAUUUUCAAAUACUGUGAACUCACAUGGUUGUCUGUAGGUAAUUCAUUUUUGUUUUAUUAAUAGAAGAACAGGAAUUUAAAACAACACAGCAGUUUGUGAAGGUUACCAAUGAUUUGCGCGCCAAUCAUUUUUCUCUAAUUUCCAUGUUUAUGUCUGAUACACCGAGGUUUUGUGCCUGGUGCGCUGUCUUUUGACAAUAUCCAAGAACAUGUUUCAUUCAUGCAGCAGCCACAAAGACAGAUGAUCUCGGAUUAUUUCUGAAAACAAUAGCUGAUCUCAAGGUGAGCACCAACGGCGAAAAACAACAAUUACUGAUGCCGUCCAAUAAAACCGCUCACGUUUUUGUGCCUCCUGUUGCUCAAGGGAGUAAAAGUGCUCAGAAGUCGUAUCUCAAAAUCCUAGUGACCUCAUCCCAAACGUUGGGAGGGUGAGGGGGGGUACAAUGAUGUAUUUACAAAGUUUGAAUGGAAUGGUAAACAUAGAAAAAAUGAAAACAACAGUAUAUACAUAUUUACACUUUAAACAUGAUUGCCAAAUUUUGAACAGAGUUUCAGCAGGUUGUGAAAAAAAAACCACACAGUAUGUAACAAUAUGAUGACCUGCAGAUUCAGCAUUCAACACGGCUGUUUGAAUUCAUACAAAUGUAGUUGAGCUUAGAUUCUAAUGUAACAUAUGAUAAUAAAAAUAAUAAUAAGAAGAAUAUACUGUAAUAUAAGUGAGGGUAGGUAUGCAUAAUAGACAUCAACAUUGCAAUAACUCAAAUGUCGAACGAUUUCAAAUGAUAAAGUGAUUAACGUGCAUAUAAGUGAUAGAUCAAUCAUAGUGCAAAGUCACAAAGCAGCUGUUAUGCACUGUGAUGAGACAGGAAGAAUAAUGGGGAAGUGUCAACAUUUCAGCGCAGCGCUAGUAUUAUCCUGUCUGAUUGCAGAUGGAAUGAUUGAUCUUCUUGCAGGCUGGAUGUCUCAGUUGCUGAACGGGCUUCUCAGGGCCCUCACAGUUACAUCCAGUGAUCUUCCUAAACUCCCUUCUCACCUGGUCAGGUGUUAUAGAGAGGCCAGGGGUGGAUGAGGAGGGAAGAGAGGUUAGUGGAGGGCUAGGAUGGUGUAAUGAUGGGGUGAUGGCUGGUCAGUGCUCUGGUGGAUGGGGGAGUGAGUGGGGCCUGAUUCAAACCCAUUAAAAAAACAAGUUUAAUUCAUAAAGGCCCACUCCUCAUCCCCAGCUUUAGGGCCCCUCCCAUGGUUUUUGCAGUGGCCUGAAAUGUUCCUCAGGACUCUGCAGACGUCCUUUGUGUAAUGGUUAAAAAAUGUCAGAAAACUGUAAAAGCCUUUGCUAUCUACAGUGCUUGAAUAUUUUUUCUGUUCCUUGUUGUUCAGUCUUGUCUACUCUCAUGCCCUUACCCUCUCCAGUCAAUGUUUUCAUAUGCAUAACAAGACACAAAUUAGCAUGUACUGUCUCACAUGCACCAACACCAUCUGUGGUCCUCUGAGAAUACCCUGUUUUCCAGCUCUUAGUGUCAGAACAGCUGCAACUUAUAAACAAGAGGGAUGAUCAUGAUGGCAGCUGGGCGUCACUUUGUGAUUCACCAGCAGAUGAAACAACAGUUGAGACAUGGCUGGCAAUUGGUCGUUUGACCUCCAACAACAUCAUAUCUGUGGCUGAAAUAUGCAAAAUAUCAUGAGUAAUUUGUAAUGUAGGUCAUACGUAGAGAAAUAAUUCUCUUACCAAGGCUCACUUCCGUUCAUAGUUAUAGUAGAAUAAAUACUGAAGGGAUAGUCCUGAGUAAAAUUAAGUUAGUGUCAAACACACUGUAACACCAAGUUAGACACUCCCUGGAGAGAUGAAUGUUGCCGACCGCUUGUUUCUCUAGUUAUACCGACUUUAGGAACAACCGCACGAUAGCAAUACACAGCAGUCUGAGGAGCCACACACAAACCUCAACCAAAACGCCACUCUAUAGCCACAAAUAAUGCUCAGAACAGCAACUAACUUCAUCAACAGUACAUAUGGGGUCCCAGCCACAGUACUAGCCACCAAAUAUCUUUUUAACUUUGCCUAAUUUCUUUUGAAAAGAGACUAAAAACAACUCAUCUACUCUCUUCCAGCAGCCGCUUGUUUGUAGCGAGACCUCAGGCCAGUCCAUUACUAACUGCUGCGGGGUGACGCAGCUCAAGGAAGAACAUUUAUGAUCAUUUCUUCAUGGAAAUGCAAUCAGACCGAGACGCUAAGGCAGAAAAACUACUGCGUCUGCAGUGCAAAAUGAUUAACAUGAUGAUUAUUACUUCAAGGAAAUGAUAAAGUGAUGACCAUAAAUGUUCUUCCUUGAGCUGCGUCACCCCACUGCAGUCGGUAAUGGACUCGUCUGAGGUCUCCCAACAAACAAGCGCCUGCUGGAUGAGGGUGAGUGAGUUGUGUUUAGUUUCUUUGCUAAAGAAAUCAGGCAAAGCUAAAAAGAUGUUUGGUGGCAAGUGCUGUGGCUGGGACCCUAUAUAUACUGUUGAUGAAGUUAGGUGCUGUUCUGAGCAUUAUUUGUGGCUAUAGAGUGGCGUUUUGGUUGAGCGCGUGCAGUGCUAUCUGCAGUCUACUAAAGUUGGUAUUACGAAAGCUAGCAGUCGGCAACAUUAAUCUCUCGACAGGAUGUCUAACUCGGUGUUACGGUGUGUUUGACCCUGACUUAAUUUUAUGCCAGAAUAUCCCUUUAAGACUUGAAAAACCCAACAUUAUUGACAAUGCCUGUGACGUGUUGGACCACUUCUCUUUCCUUGCAAAACCGGCGUCCUACAUAUAAUAUGCUCAUGAGAAAUGUGUUAGACAUCCCAUUUGUAUUUCUGUGCACUGAUCCAUGAUGUAGAUCAGUCUUCAUUUUGCUUCAGGAAAUCUCUCUAUUACACUGUGCAACCACAUCAUCUGAGCUCACUGCAUAUAUAUAUGUAAAGUAUCAAGCUGUCCUAUCUUUAAGUACAUUAUGUAAAAGAUUUCCUCAGACUACAGCUGGAAAUGUAUAAGGCCCACAUAUACUGGACUCAGUAUGAAAUGAAUUCAUUGUGAAAUAACAUGUUGCCAAAGGCCUAAAGGGGAUUAUGGAAAAAAAGUACAGUAAUAGCUCGAGAGAAGGAAGACCAUGGACACUUGAGACAUGCUAGCUCAGUUUGAUCAUACGCUCUGUAUGUUCAGGUAUUAUUCAUGGACAUGACUCAAGAAAGACCAUCAGAAAUGAAGAGUUGAUGGAUUUUGGAGGUGCGUCACAAACCGCAGGGUACAGGCCUUCUCACAAUGCACAGACAGUGUGACAGAGUAUCUGAACUCACUGUCUCAAGCUACACCCAGACUUAAUACAGCCAUUUAUUCACAAGAUAUCCAAUCAUAAUGCCUGCAGGGAGGAUGCAAACUGUGAUCACUGGCUGGGAGACUGACCCACAUAAUAUAUGGCUCUAUCCAGCAGAAAUUGGGUCUCUGUGUCGCUCUACUUCAAAGUCAGAGGGGAGAGGUGUCCAUGUUAAUGGCUAAUCUUGUAUUCAGCUGCAGGAUCAGAUUGAAAAUCAGAGGUGGUGAGCUGUUAUUGAGAUCGGAAGAAUUUGAUCAAGUCGUCAAAAGUAAGGAACUGGUUCAAUUAAUUUAUGUGUCUGACAUAAAGAUCUUUAGAUUUAUUAGACGAGACAUUAGUUCUAAUGAAGUAUGGCGAUUGGAAGCUCGCUUAAAGACUGAACUUCUCUGCAAGUUUAGAAUUGAAAUUAGUCAAUUUCAGCUCAGACAGUAGUCUUCAAAAGUUGUCUUCACAGCACAACACGUCACACUGAAUCAUGUGUCAGACGUAAAAAUUAAAGUCAGUGUUUCACAGUGUUCAGAAAUCUUAAGUUUGUGAUGAUUAAAAUCUGAGACUUUCUUAGAAACAGCUUGAGCACAUGUUGCUGAUGACUGUGGAGUGUUUGACCUAUUUCUGCUUCCUUUGCUCAGUUAAGUAUAGUAAGGGAAGUCUGAGGUCACAGUAGAUGGUGGUGACCUAGCAGAAAAUUAAUCUCUUGUUGGGUUUAAUGAAGAUUGAUCCUAUAGAGAAAAAAAAAAAUCAAUCGUUAAAGAAAUGAGAUUAGAGAAUCUGAACUGGGCCAUCUCCUCUCCUGUAGUCAAUAUCUGAGAUCAUAAGAUAAAAUAUGCUGCAGGGAUGUCUCGUCCGGAAAACUACACGAGUACUUUGCUAUUUUAUAGAUUGAAGCAGAAGUCAGCUGAACUUUUCAGAUCUUAAAUAACUUCGACUGCAGAGGACACCGAGGUGUAAAUGACCUAGAUGUGAUAAAGCCUCACACACUCACACACUCCAGGAGCAGGAUCAGGGCUGAAACAGGUUUGAGAUCAAACAGCAAGUCUGCGUAUUCCCCUUUGAAAGAGUGACACCUGUCAUAGAUUAUGCUCCCAUGGUUAUAUAUUCAGUUAGCCCAGUGUGUGUGUGUGUGUGUGUGUGUGUGUGUGUGUUGUGAACUGACUCACACAGGCCAGCUGAUUUUGCUCUGUGAUGAUGCUCAGUGUGCCAGUUACCUGAUGAGACAUAAAUGUCGACCCCAUUUUGUGGUAUUUGUGGGGGAUAUGAAGACUGAUGCUUAUGACAAGAUCAUGAGAUGGCAUUUAUGUUUUGUUAGCAGUGUGUGUUAAGUCUGUUCCCGUGUGUGUGUGUGUGUUUGUGCAGUUUUAAAUUUCAAUUUAAUUUGAUAGGACAGCAGUGCUUACGACACAACUGAAGUAUUCCUGUGCUGCUGUUCUGAUGCUGCCACUACACAUCUCCCUAGUUAGUGAGACAUAAGUGGGCCACACACACACAUGCAUGCAUACACAAACAAACACAUACACAAUGUCAAAUACAAAGCUCUUGUCUUAAACACGCUGGUUGGCGGACGUGACUCAGAGUCCGAUAGAAGGAUAGGUUGGGAUUAUGACGCUGUAAUUUGUUCGAUCUGUUCUACUGUCUGUGUGUCAGGCGCAGUAUAAGACACAGUCAGGCUCACAAGUAGGUCAGUGUGCUACGGCACAUGCAACAGGCCAAUAUCAGAGAGGCUUCAGCUGUGAUUAACAGCCACUUAGACCAUGCCAGUGAAUAAACUGUGAGGGUGACACACAUUAUUACUGGAUAGGUAUCUAAUAGACCUUCUGUGCAUGAUUAAUCUGCUACUCCAUGAAUUCAUAAACAGCUUUAUCUCCAGAUUCAAGAAAUGGAAAAUCUUUCCCAUGCACUGCAGAAACAUAAUCAACAGAUGGAGUUCGUCAGUCAACCAGAAGUUUUGGGUUCAGGCCUCAUGGUAGGGAACAGCUGCCCCUGAAGGCAAUGAACCUCCAUCAGUACUGGGUUGCACCAGCUUUGUCCAAGUUCAGACUUAGCCUUGUUUAAAUGUAAUUUCUGAUUAGGGAUGGACUCUUUGUGCUACUAACAUAAAUCAUAAUUUAACCAAGCUCUGAGUAGGUGGAAGCACACUGACCAACUUGUGAGUAGGUGGAAGUAGUUGGUGCACCACUCAAAGACACCACUGUGAUUUUACUCUCAAGAUUAAUUUUCACUGUAUCAUGCUUUGUUGUAUUUUACUUACCUUUCUGUUGCUGUUAGUCGGAGUAAAAGACUGCAAUUCACAGCUGUUGACUCCUGUGAAGGCAGUCAGGCGCAAGAGUCAACAGUAAAACAAUCCCUUCAUUGGGGAAAACUUUUCCUCUGAUUGGCUAUUGAGAGGUUAGCAUCAUAUCUGCGGUAAUAUUGUGCUUAGCUUGGAUGUUGACGGUCAAUCAAUCAAUCAAUCAAUCACAUCUUAUUUAUAUAGCCCCAAAUCACAACAGUCACUAUCACGCUGAUUGUUUGAUGAAUUACCAAGACCCAACCUUAAGAUGGGACAAAUAUGACCCAUCUCAUCCAACAUGAGUGACGGUGGCGAGGAAAAACUUCGUUUUAAUAGGCAGAAACCUUGGGUAGGACCAGACUCAUGUUAGACAGCCACCUCGCUCUUCUGUCUCUAAGGGGCAACAAAAAGGAGGUACAACUUAAGUUACAGGCACACUAGUUUUAAGAAAUGGUUUGGUAUGGACUUUUCCACUUUACCACCCUCGCUGGUGUGGACUUUGCCACUUUACCACCCUCGCUUAAGACACGGUUUACAAAAGGUGGUGCAACAAGCCCCUGUUCAGAAAUGAAGUUCAGUUGUCAGCCUAUGUUUUUUUUUUUUUUUUUUACUUAAAAGCCCCUAUGAGGAUCCUUUGGCUUUUUCUGAAACAGACCAGAAUUCACAGUUAUUCCUCAUUAUGCAUAAAAACUGCAAACCAUAAGUGGAAAAAUCAAUCACUGAAUGGUCAUUUUUAAUGCAUUAAAUCACUGCCAUAAGGAAGUUGUCAGACUAAAUUAUAUUUUCUUGAUCUGUUUGUCCAAUAUAAUGAAUAAAGUCAAUGAUGUUAUUGACAGCCAUAACAUUGGUGCAUGCCAGGAAAUAGCAACUUAAAUUCACAUACAGGCUAUAACUCACAUUAAAAAGUUAAGAGGUCAUUUUUAAAGUCAUUUAGCCCCUAAACUUUAGCUGGAGUUGGAAAUAUGUGUCAAAACAACAUGCUGAUAUGUUAAAAUUGUCAUUGUAUCAGACUCACAUUUGCAGUUUUUACAGUACAGUAAGUUUAAGGAAGUCACAAAUUCACAUGCCUGAGGUUUGCCUCAUAUUACGCUUGUCAUUUUUUUCAUUUCAUUUCUGAUAAGCUAUGUGUAAGAUUUAAAAAAAGGACAGCCAAGUUUGGUCAACGUGAGAGGUGAGUCAUGUCUAAAAAUAGCAGCAGCAGCAGCACACUUGUUAACUGUCCAUGGUAACCCCGUGUCCAUCCAGCAGCAUGCCAGUCUCACAGGCAGUUAGCAUGACGGUAUAAAGUUUCAUUCUCUAGACUGAGUGAUUGAUCAAUCAUUCCAAAAGCUGGUUAUUUAGUCCUGGAUUUGAUGUUUGGUGCAAACAACUUGCAUUGUCAUGGCAACAUGUGCUCUGUAACUUGUUAACAAACCCAGUCUCUAUUGUUAGAAGCAUCAUAAGAAAAAUAACUGCAUGCCUCACAGAUGGUCUGUGUGUCCACAGCACUGUCCUCCUUCCUUGACCUAGAUGGCAAAAGUCCACAUCUUGAGACCCAGUCAGAACACUGAUUGUGACUCACAUGUAUUUACGGCUGUAAAUUCAAACAGUCAGAGGCCUCUGAGUGGCUGCACAUGCUGUUUUUUGACUGACAUCUCAAACAGGGUCACAGCUUGGACAUGCCAUACUGAACAUCAACUUGGAAAAUAAUGAUAGAGUAGAAGCAGUCAGAGGUAAGCAAUAAAUAUCUUUUAUAAAGGACUUCCUUUUCCAAAUCUGGAUUGUUUACAGACGACUUCAAGGUUUAUUUGAUCCAUGGGAGAUGCACCUUCUCAGUUUCACUGUAACUGUCAGAUGUAGAGACGCUUUACUUGGGUUUACUUCAUGAUUUUCUUGUCUUUUACUUCCAAUUAAUAGUGUUAUUUUAAUACACCAGUGUGAGAAAGACAAGGUUUCUUUUUAAUUCCAGCAUUGCACUUGCUCUUGAAAAUACAAAUAUAGAUAGAAGGAGAAUAGAAAUAGGAAUUAAUAAGAAUACAUAAGAAAUUAGAAAUGACGCUGUAUAUGAAAUUAAGCAAUUUUGACAACAUACUCCUCUCUUUACCACCGUCAGAGAAUCCAGCUCUACCCCAGCACACAUCAACAAACAGGAUUGCACUGGCCACCACAGACGCAUAUGGAACAUCCUCAGAAUCAUCCUGAAGAUAUUAAAAGACCUCAACUACCUGAGGAAGUAGAGACGACUGAGGCCUCUCUCGUAGACAGCUUCAGGAGUCUUUGACCAAUCCAGUUUGUUAUCGAAGUACACCCUCUGUAACUUGUUAUCCUCCACAAUGUCCACUCAAACCUCCUGGAUGGAAAAUCAUGUGAAGCCUUUAAAGAGGUUUAAUGAGAAAGGAAGAGUCUGCAAAAAUGCAUAUCACCUCUUUAAAGUCAGAAAAGCUAGACCCCUAAGAACAGCUUAAAUCGGGGAGUUAAGUUAGGAUGAUGUGAAGGUCCAAUGGUGAACAUGGGCCCUAAAAGAUAUUAAAACAUAUGUGGGAGUGAGGUUAUGAGGCCCAAACUCAUUGGUGGCAGCCCUGUUUGUUCAUAAAGGCCGUUGUCAAUCAAACCCUUCAUU